CCUUCGCUGUGUUCUGUUCUGUUGUUACCCUCAGUCCGCCCGCGUCGUUCCCGCACGCUGCCUGCGACAUGUCCUGACACAGGCGCCGCCCUGCCCCCCGCUCUUCUCUGUGAGAACAAAGCUGCGAUCCCAGCGUGCUGUGCGCGGUUGAGGCCGUCACCCCGAGCAGGAGAUCGGGGAGCAGAAGCGCCAUGGCCCGGCUGAUGCUGCCGGUGCCCAGCUCCCAGAAGGCGCUGCUGUUGGAGCUGAAGGGGCUGCAGGAGGAGCCAGUGGAGGGGUUCCGGGUCACCCUGGUGGAUGAGGGGGAUCUCUACAACUGGGAGGUGGCGAUAUUCGGCCCCCCCAACACCUUCUAUGAGGGGGGAUAUUUCAAGGCUCGCCUAAAGUUCCCAGUAGAUUAUCCAUAUUCUCCUCCAGCAUUCCGGUUCCUGACAAAAAUGUGGCACCCAAACAUUUAUGAGAAUGGAGAUGUAUGUAUUUCCAUCUUGCAUCCCCCAGUAGAUGACCCUCAGAGUGGAGAACUUCCUUCCGAGCGGUGGAACCCCACUCAGAAUGUGCGGACGAUACUACUCAGUGUCAUCUCUCUACUAAAUGAGCCAAACACUUUCUCCCCAGCCAAUGUGGAUGCAUCUGUUAUGUACCGAAAAUGGAAGGAAAGUAAGGGACGCGAUCGCGAGUAUACCGACAUUAUCCGGAAGCAAGUUCUCACUACAAAGGCUGAUGCUGAACACGAUGGAGUGAAGGUCCCCACCACUCUGGCUGAAUAUUGUGUGAAAACCAAGGCUCCAGCUCCAGAUGAGGGAUCUGACCUUUUCUAUGAUGACUACUAUGAAGAGGAUGACCUGGAGGAGGAGAAUGAGAAUGACAGUUGCUAUGAAGACCAGGAUGAUUCUGGCAAUGAAGAAUCCUGACGUCACAUGUACUCUCCAGGAUCUGCCUCCUUCCAUUUUUCCUCAAUAAUAAAAUAGACACUGUUUA